GUCUAAUUGCCUAAUGUUUACAGUUUAUCAGCUGUAGCAGCGCUGAUGAUGACGAUGAUGUCGGCCACCUUGGCGGGGCGGUUCUGUCGGGUCUUAUUCCCUGUUGUCUCUAGACCACUGCUGCAGAGGAACCUUAUUAGAGACCUGCACAUAAUGAAGCUCGGGGAGGAUCAGAUGUCCAGUGUGCUGCGUCCCAGAGUGAGGCAGCUGGCAGACAUCUUCACCAGCCAUGGCUAUGAGCUGAGGGUGGCAGGGGGAGCUGUGAGGGACCUGCUGCUGGGGAAGGUGCCUCAAGACCUGGACUUUGCCACCACAGCCACACCUGAGGAGAUGAAGACCAUGUUCACAGAGGAGGGCCUGAGAAUGAUCAACGCUGGUGGGGAGAAGCACGGGACGGUCACGGUGAGGCUGGACGAGGAGAAUUUUGAGUGCACCACCCUAAGGAUCGACCUGGUGACUGACGGCCGGCACGCUGAGGUCAGCUUCACCAAGAACUGGGAGCUCGAUGCCAACCGCCGAGACCUGACCAUCAAUGCCAUGUUCCUGGGGCUGGAUGGCACCAUCUACGACUACUUCCAGGGCAGCCAGCACCUGGAGGAAAGGCACGUGACCUUUGUUGGUGACGCAGACACACGCAUCAAGGAGGACUACCUGAGGAUACUCCGCUACUUCAGGUUCUACGGGAGGAUAGCCAAGGAGCCUGACAACCACUGCCCUCACAUCCUGGAGAGCAUAAGAGCUAAUGCUGAUGGCUUGGACAGGAUAUCAGGGGAGAGGAUCUGGGUGGAGCUGCAGAAGAUCAUUACCGGUAACUUUGGAGGAGAACUGCUCGUGAAGAUGGUAGAGUGUGGAGUUGGGGUUCACGUGGGACUGCCAGAGACCUUUAACUGUGCCAAUGUGAAGGCAGUAUAUGAACGGUGCCAAAAGGCUGGGCUGGCACCGAAAGACCUGCACCACAUGACUCUCCUGGCCUCAGGGUUAUCUAGUGUGGAGGAGUGUGUGAAGUUCAUCGUCCGCAUUAAGUGUUCCAAGCGGGAGCAGGAGCUUCUGUUACACAUUGUGCAGCACAGAGAUGCUGUUGCUCAGUUCACCAUGCUGAAGGAAGCAAAGGACCAUCUGGUGGACCUGUGCAUUGGGGAGAAGAGGAACAAGGACAUUGCUCUCCUGUACACCACUGAGCUGCUGAAGUACUGUGCUCACAUGGACUUCCUGAAGGAGAUCAAGGAGUGGCAGGUGCCAAAGUUCCCUGUGAAUGGUCUGCUUAUAGGGGAGCGAGGAGUACCCAGGAAAAAGAUUAGGUUUGCCAUGCAUGACCUGCUGGAGGAGUGGAAGAAAUCUGACUAUUCCUUUGAUGCUUCUGAACUGCUGGACACUCUUAAUCUUGACAUGUAUGGUGACUGAAGGGUGCACAAGUGUGAUUCAGUGAUGAACAUGAGUGGAAAUCUCAUACUCAGUUUAAUUUUUCUCUCUUAGAAAUACACAAUUAUGUGGCUGCCCCCGGGGUGAUCUUUCUUGAAAAAUGUGCGGGAAUAUGAUGGUUUACUGUAUAUCACCAGUCACCUUUCUUGUGCUGCCAGCCCACUCCCCCAGUGCUUUAUUACCGAAAAAUUCUCAAGCAUUGUAACAAUGAAACCAAGAAUUUUAGGCCUCAUAAAAACAGCAAAUUAUUGAGAACACCAUAGAUGUGUGACUUCCCCACUUGAAGAGUCUGGUGCCACAGAUGUGAGUGCUGUGGUGGCAUAGCUGAGUACCUUGGUGUCCCAGAACUUAAGGAGGAAUUUUUAAAUAGGACAAGAAAAAAAUUGCAGCCCCACAUUAUGCAUCUUAUGUUGAGUAAUGUGGUCUCUACUGAGAAUGCAGCUCAAAGGGAAUGAUUCUUUCUUGCACAGAGCCUCUAAAAUGCAUUCAUAAUCUGAAAUAUUUAUUGUGCUUCAUCCGGUCCAACGAGAAGAAACAUAGUGAUGAUGACACACUCAUGGUCAUGCCUGUGUAAGUGCCAUUACCCUCCACCAUGGACUUCUUUAUAUCUUGGCCUUGAAAACCUUUGAACCUGUAAGCCUUUCAUCCUGAUAAGGUGAUAAUGUUCUCCCCUCAAAUCUGGGCUGCCUGCCUUGGCUAUGCACUUAACAGCCUUGUAAGAGAAACUGCAAUAGUUAAUAACACAGUGGCACAAUAUUUUAUUAUUUAUUUUACAUGGAAUCUGCAUGAAGGAAUUGAAUAUAGAAAAUGUUAAAUAGUAAAAUUAAAGAUUUUAUUUAUUUAUAUGAUAACAGAACUAUAAUGUUAGUAGUAAUACAUUUUCUUACCAAUAAAACCAAACCUGU